AUGCGCUUCGGUUCCAUCUUUUCACUCGCAGCUGCGCUGCUGAGCGCCACCGUUCAGGCUUACGGUAAUCCGGGAGCCUGCUCCGGCCAGUGCUGGAGUCACGACCCUUCCGUUGUCCGUCGCGAUGAUGGCACCUAUUUUCGUUUCGAAACUGGCAGCAAGAUCGGUAUUUGGAAGGCUCCCGAUUUGGUAGGCCCCUGGACCUACCAAGGAGCUGCCUUGCCAUCGGGUAGCAAGAUCAAUCUCAAGGGCAAUGAUGAUCUCUGGGCUCCUGAUGUGAACAAAGUUGGCGAUCAGUACAUUCUGUACUACACCGUCUCCUCUUUCGGCGUUCAAAACUCGGCCAUCGGUUAUGCUACCUCCACCACCAUGGAGUUUGGCUCCUGGACUGAUCAUGGCGCCACCGGGGUCGCUUCUUCAGCCGGCAGCCGCUACAAUGCCAUCGAUGCUCAGCUCGUCAAGUCCGGUAGCAACUACUUCCUGAAUUUUGGCUCCUUUUGGCAGGACAUUUUCCAAGUGCCUCUGAAUGCGGCUGCAACCAAAGCCAACGGUAAUCCAUACAACAUCAUUCUGAACACCACUGCCCCUCAGCCUGUCGAGGGUGCCUUCGUCUACGAGCGCAGCGGCACCUUCUGGGCCUUCUUCAGCUCAGGCUCCUGCUGCGGUCUCGACGCUAACCGCCCGACCCCCGGAAACGAGUAUAAGAUUUUCGUUUGUCGUGCCUCUUCUGUCAAUGGCCCCUACACCGACAAGAGCGGCAAGAGCUGCCUGGCCGGCGGUGGCACCCUUCUUCUUCCAUCUCAUAACAAAAUCUAUGCUCCCGGUGGCCAAGGCGUCUUGGUUGACCCCAAGCGUGGUGCGGUCCUCUACUAUCACUAUAUGAACACCGACGUUGGAUAUGCCGAUUCUCAAACUCUAUUUGGCUGGAAUGUCAUCUCGUGGUCCGGCGGCUGGCCUUCUGUCUAG